AUGUCAUGGCGUCUGGCAUUUCAUUCAACGAAAUUAUUAUUUUCAUAUACGGUUCCAUUUAAAAUGAAAUUAUUUCGAGAUUCAAUUAUCACUGGUGAUGUAACAAAACUACGGGAAUUAUCUGAUGGAAGACCCAGAUUAUUACAGCAAUCUAUUGAUGCCGAUGGCAAUACAGCUUUAGGUUUGGCUUUGCUGUUGGGUGAAGUCGAUAUUGUUAGAACUUUACUUCAACUCGGAAGUGAUGCAAAUGUUGCAAAUGCAUUUGAUGGGAAUCAUCCAUUGGUUAUUUUGGCUAAAUUACGUGUUGAAGAAAAUUCUAAAACACCGUUAUUAGCCGAACUUUUACUUGAUGCAGGAUCAGAUCCAUUACAUGAAGUACGUUAUCAAGUUGACAAUGCCAAGCGUCUUGAUGCAACGCAAACACCAUCAUUUCAUGAAACACCUUUACUUUGUUGUAUUCGUUUUCAAAAUGAAAUUCUUCUUCGAAAAAUGAUCGAAAAAGAAAUUAAUAUAAAUUCACUCAAUCCUGAAACGGGUACGAGCCCAUUGAUGUUAGCGGCAGCACUUGGCUAUCUUAAUAUUUGUAAUAUUCUAAUUGAUGCUGGCGCAGAGGUCAAUGCCAGUGAUCAUACAGGUAAUACACCAUUGCAUUUGGCAGUUCAAGGUUAUGGUGAUAAGGUUCCUGUCGUAAAACUAUUAAUUCUACGUGGUGCUGAUAUUAAUGCAACUAAUGAAGAUGGAUUUACUCCAGCAAUGAUUGCAAAAAAUAUGGACAAUGAUGAAUGCUGCAAAUUAUUAGAAUCAAAAAUCAAUGAUCCAGUAGAACCACCACCUCAAUAUCCAGAACCUACAAAUACGACAGUUGAAAAUGCAGACGAAAAUAUUUUCGACUUAACAUAG